CUUUUUCUUAAAUACCGCUAUUUCGUUAGGGUAUAUAUUAAUAAUAUCAUUAUCUUUAGUAGAAUAGAGGAGGAAUAUCUACAAUACCUACGUACUAUUUAUAAAAUCCUUGAUAAGACCUAUAUCCAUAUUAGCAUAGCUAAAUCCUUUAUAGAUUACCUAGCUAUAAGACUCCUUAGAUAUAUUAUAAAUAGCAAAAGCAUUACUAAAACCGACGACCGUAUUACUGCCUUUAAGAAGCUAAAGUUUCUAGAUACUCUUGAUAGCUUAGAGUAUUACCUUAGAAUAGCCAGAUAG